UAUGGCAAGAGAUGUCAUAACGUUGUGUUAUAACCGCGCAAUGCACUAAUGUCGGCUUACAGAUGAUAAACAGAAGCGACUUUGUGUGUGAGUCGUGCGGGAACUAAUCGGCGUGCGAGUAAAGAACGGCGUGAUUCGUUUGCUGCUAUCGCAAAGAAAUUUUAUUCCGAAGGAAUAUGUACUACUCGCGUCGUACGCUGCUUUCGUAACAAACGAUGGCAUUUAAUCGUUUCCCGGUCAUCAUUAAGCAUCGCUUUAGGAAGAUCUCAUGACGGAUUUGUACGGUUUCUGUGAUAGCCCUCUCUGGGUCCAAAAUUUGACUUGGAAUACUACAACUCCUAAUUUCACACCAUGUUUUUUUAACACAGUAUUAGUAUGGAUACCUUGUGGUUUUCUGUGGUUGUUAUUUCCUUUAGAAUUAUGGAAAAUUACAUCUAGUCAAUCAUGUCAGAAUUCAUGGACCUUCUACAGUAUGGGAAAAAUUCUUUUGAACAUUUUUCUUGCUCUUCUGUCUAUAGUUGAUGUUAUAGAAAUUACACAAAAUGUAAAUUCAGGUUUGCCUUUAAUUGGUGCUGAAUUGAGUGCUCCUAUUAUUGAAUUUUCUUCUUUUUGUUUGAUUCUGAUUCUUACUUUACUUGCAAGAAGAAAAGGAAUUGGAACAUCAUUGUUACUUUCUGGAUUCUGGACUUUAGAAAUGCUUUCUGUUAUUCUGCAGUUAUAUUCAGCUAUUCUUCAAAUAGAUCAUUCAUCAGAUAAAAUUGACACUAUUUUAAUAACAAGCCUCUCUGGAAAAUCAUUACUUGUUACAAUACAAUUUAUCCUGUCCCUUUUUCCUGAAAAAGUAGUUGGAGAUUCCAAAAAUAUAUGUCCUCUAAAAAAUGUUUCUCCAUUUUCUUACAUUACAUUUUUCUGGACAAAAAGCAUUUUGAUGAAAGGUUAUCAUAAUCAACUUCAAAUAAAUAAUUUACUACCAUUAUGUCCUGAUCUGCAUACAGAACUUAUAUCUAAAAUGUUUAAUAAAGCUUUCUGUAAAAUAACUUGGAUGCAACCAAAAAUUAUUAAAGUAAUGGAAGAGCCUGAAGAAAAUGUAAGACUUUUUGAUGAUGAUGAUGAUACAGCAGAACCAUUAGAACAUAAAGUAAUAAAACGAUCAUUGUUUCGAGCAUUAUUUAGGAUUUGUAUAAAACCAUUUUUUAUUGGUGCAAUUUUAAACAUAUUGUUUGUGUUCAGCAGUUUUCUUUCACCAUAUUUUUUACAUCUUUUAUUAGAUUUUAUAGAAAGUCAAGAUUAUCUUUGGCAUGGAAUUUUAUUUGCUAUAUCUUAUUAUCUUUCACUUGUAAUUUCACAACUCUUUGAACUUCAUUAUGAAUACAUGAUGGAAGUAGCUGCAAUUCAAGUAAAAUCAGCAUUGACUUCUGCUAUUUAUUAUAAGGUAUUUCAUCUUAGCCCAGUUUCUAGGAAAGAAUAUCCAGCUGGUGAUAUUGUCAAUAUGAUGUCAGUUGAUGUUAUUGAAUUAUUUGAGUUUACUAUGUACUUUAGUCAGUUAUGGUCUGUUCCUUUAACAUUGACAAUUGGUAUAUAUUUUGUUUGGCAAUAUCUUGGAAUUGCUACUUUAGCAGGACUAAUUGUGAUAAUAAUCUUAGCUCCAAUUACUGUUGUUUUAGCAAAAGUUUGUGAUAUAUUUCAGCAAAAACAAAUGGACUUGAAAGAUGAUAGAAUUAGAGUUAUGAAUGAAAUUUUAAAUGGCAUGAAGAUUUUGAAACUAUAUGCUUGGGAAUUGCCUUUUAUGAAAAAAGUGAAUGAUAUACGUAAAAGAGAAAUAUCAUUUUUAAGAAAAUAUUAUUAUAUUGAUUCAACAUUUUCAUUUUUAUGGAAUUUAGCUCCUACUUUAAUAUCAAUUGCUUGUUUUGGUACUUAUGUUUUAAUGGAUAAAAAUCAUAUUCUUGAUACAAAAAUAGUUUUUGUAUCGCUUAAUCUGUUUAAUAUUCUGCGACUUCCCAUGGGUUUACUUCCUGAUUUAUUAUCUCGUCUUAUUAAGACCCAGGGGCUAUUUGGAUCUCACAGAAGUACAAGAGAAGUUCAUUGUAAAGGGGUUAGCUGGUGUGUUCUUGAAAUUGAAUAUGGCUGUAUUAGAACUAGAAAGUAUGAUGUCAUUCAAUUUAUUAAAGUAUUUCAUCUUAGCCCAGUUUCUAGGAAAGAAUAUCCAGCUGGUGAUAUUGUCAAUAUGAUGUCAGUUGAUGUUAUUGAAUUAUUUGAGUUUACUAUGUACUUUAGUCAGUUAUGGUCUGUUCCUUUAACAUUGACAAUUGGUAUAUAUUUUGUUUGGCAAUAUCUUGGAAUUGCUACUUUAGCAGGACUAAUUGUGAUAAUAAUCUUAGCUCCAAUUACUGUUGUUUUAGCAAAAGUUUGUGAUAUAUUUCAGGGUUCUAUUGCAUAUGUUCCACAGAAAGCUUGGAUUCAGAAUGCUACAUUAAGAGACAAUAUUUUAUUUACUCAGGAAUGGAAUGAAUAUGAUUAUAGUUUGGUUCUUGAAUCAUGUGCCCUUCUACCUGACCUAGAGGUUCUUCCUGGUGGUGAUUUAACAGAAAUUGGUGAAAAGGGUAUCAAUCUUAGUGGUGGACAAAAACAAAGAGUUAGUUUGGCUAGAGCUGUGUAUCAGGAUGCUGAUAUUUAUCUUCUUGAUGAUCCUUUGAGUGCUGUUGAUGCAAGUGUAGGAAAAUAUCUUUUUGAUGACGUUAUUGGAAGAAAUGGCAUUUUAUGGAACAAAACAAGAGUACUUGUUACUCAUAAUAUUUCACUUUUAUCUGAAGUGGAUUAUAUAAUUGUAUUAGAUGAUGGCAUGAUAAUAGAACAGGGUUCAUAUCAUCAACUUCUUGAAACAAAUGGAAAAUUUUCUAACUUAUUGAAGCAGGAAUCUCAAAUGAAGCAAACUGUUGAAAAUCAGGAAGAUAAGUUAAAUGAUGAUGUUUCUGAAGGAAAAGAAAUAAAUAAAAUAGAAAGUAAAAAAAAUGGUCAAUUAAUUGAAGAGGAACGAAUGGAAAUAGGAAGGAUAAAGGUUAGCUCAGGAGUUUGGCUCAGUAAGUGGAGUAUGGAUAAACCUCUUCCAAAUGGUCAACAAGAUAUCUCACUUAGAAAUAUGAGAUUAACAGUUUUUGCUAUGUUGGUAUUAGGGCAAGGUAUAUUUCUUAUAGUAACUAAUGUUUUCAUGUUUAUGGGAACAACUAAUGCUGCUGUGAAAGUUCAUCAUGAUUUAUUAAAUAGAAUUUUGAAAGCUCCUCUUUCAUUUUUUGACAUUACACCAAUUGGAAGAAUCAUAAAUAGAUUUAGCAAAGAUAUUGACUCAGUUGAUUCUGAAAUCCCUUCUAAUUUAUACUUUUGUACAGAUAUAUUUUUCUUUUUUGUUGCAACAGUAAUUGUAAUGGAAUUUUCUUCAAAAGUCUUGAUUGUUUCAUUUAUUCCAUUGUGGUUGCAAGCUAUAUUGUUUUUAACAGGAGGAUUUAUUGCUUUAUUCACAGCACUUUUAGCUGUAUUUGGAAGAGAUUAUUUAAAUCCAGGUUUUAUUGGAUUAGCUUUAACCUAUUCUACUUCAAUAUCUGAAGAUUUAGGAUGGUUAGUGAGAUUAAUUUCUCAAUUAGAAACAAGUAUGGUAUCUUUAGAAAGGAUUUCUGAAUACUGCAAGAUUGAACAAGAAGGAAGUUGGCAAGAGUCAACAAUUCCUGUAUCAGAAGAUUGGCCAGAAGAAGGAACUUUGAGCUUGUGUGAUUUUAGUACAGCUUACAGAACUAGUUUGAAUCCUGUACUUUGUAAUAUAAAUUUGGAUGUUGGAAAUGGAGAAAAGAUUGGAAUUGUUGGGCGAACAGGAGCUGGAAAAUCAUCUAUAAUAUUGUCUAUUUUUCGAAUUAUUGAACCAAUCAAUGGAUGUAUUUUAAUUAACAACUUGGAUAUCAAUCACAUAGGCCUUCAAAAAUUAAGAUCAAAAUUAACAGUUAUACCUCAGGAUCCAGUUAUAUUUGGUGGUACAUUAAGGAUGAAUCUUGAUCCAUGGGAUGAGCAUGAUGAUGAUAGCUUAUGGUCUGCUUUAGAGCAUUCUCAUUUAAAAAAUUUUGUAUCUUCUCUUCCUCAUGGUCUUGAAUAUGAAUUAACUGAAGGAGGCUCAAAUAUCAGUGCUGGACAAAGGCAAUUACUAUGUUUAGCAAGAGCUCUGUUGAGAAGAACUCGUAUAUUAUUUUUAGACGAAGCAACAGCUUCUGUAGAUUUAGAAACAGAUCAAUUUGUUCACAAUACUAUACGUGAAGUAUUUUCUCACUGUACUAUUAUAACAAUUGCUCAUCGACUUCACACCGUUAUAGAGUGUGACAGGAUAAUUGUUCUUUCUAACGGCUGCAUUGUUGAAGAUGGACCGCCUCAAAGGCUUCUUCGAGAUUCUUCAUCUUAUUUUUAUAGCAUGGCAAGAGAUGCGGGUCUAACUUGAACAAGAAUUCUGAAGUUCUUCCAGAAUACUUUCAUUCAAUUUAUAGUUAUUUGUAUCUUUGUUAUCUUUAAAAGAUAGCAAGGUACCAUUCCUCAAAAUUUAUAUUUUGGAAAUUUUUAUUUUAUAUAACCAAGUUUACAUAUGUAGUGAAACAUU